GCGUUGCGACAGUUCUAAACCGGAAAAUCGCAUCAGCUGUCCCCUUGACGUCAUCUCCUUUAUCCGAUGGGCCACCAGCUCUAAAACAGGACUUUCAGUUUUUAGUGUAAUAUGCUUUUUGAAUUUAAUUUACUGAGAAAUAUUUGGCCCUAAAACAACAUAGCUACAUUAAUUAUUGUACUUUUGCUCAUUAAUUAAUGACGAAUCUAAGGAGCUUGCGAUGAGAUAGUAGCUAAGCGCUUCUGCUAGCUAGCUAGCUGAAAGCUAACCGAGGACCACAAUAUAUUUAGCUACAGUGACAGCUCUGCUAGGUCCGAACUGCAAGUUGAAACAACUAACCUGGCGCGACUAGAACAAUUACGGUCCGGUCCGCAAGAUGCAGAAAUCAGAGAAGAGCGAUGGUGCUGAGGCGACGGUCGAUGUGCAGUUUACCGACCUACCCAACGCCCUUAUCGCAUGCAAAGUAACUGAAGAUGUUUUCAAUGACCAAACUCUGAAGGUAAGGAUGUGUGUUAUGGUGGAUCAAAGCAUUCAACCAAAGCAAGCUUGCAUUACAUUACAAUGGUUCCCUACUAAACAACUUAAACCUCUCUCUCUCUUUCUCUCUCUGUGUGUGUACUCAUGUUCAAUCCAAAGAUAGUAUUAGAUUCCACUCCCCCAAAGAAUUGCUGUCUUUCUAAAGAUGAGUCUUAGGCUCCUAGUUGUGUAGUUCUGCUCCACCGUCACACACCUGGAAACGGUUCACUUCCAUCCCCUGCGUGAUUCCAUAGGGGUUGGAACAGUUCCAUCAGCAAGAACAUUCCUAGAUUUUUCCCAUAACAAGACAGGAAUACAGGAAGCUUGGAAAAAGCUGAGAUUCUGUCCUAACUGGGAGAACUUAGCCAAGGACAUAGGCACACAGGCAGAGGUCCUAAUAAUGUUUUUUUACUGCUUCCUUUCCUUGUCUCCUUUCCUUCAUGACUGCUUAGCUAGCCAAUAAGUGAAAGUGAUAUGUUGCAAACAUGUCUAGUCUUCUCUGCUCCUCUCACCUAUCUCUUGUCAGGGGUUUUGGCCGAGGAGGCUGUGACCUCUUUGUCAGUCAAAUGAAGGCCACUGGAAGUAGGCUAUGUAAUAACACACUGUAAUCAGAACAAUGGAAAAGUGUGUGUGUGUGUGUGUGUGUUCUCUAACUAGGCCACAUGUCAUUCAGGAGGUCCUCCUGAGCAACAGCAGGGAGAGAAUUGGCAAGCGGGGGCCCUAUUCAAUCAAAGCCAUUUCUGGACUUUGACGAUAUAGCCUAAAUCAUAAACAAAGAUUGUUAUCUUUAGUAAAAAUUAAUAUCUGGUAUACACUCCCACUAUCUCAGUCUCUGAUAACAUCUAGCCUUCCUGAGGUCAGGUGAAUGUGUCACAGGGGCUGAUUUUUCGCGUUGGAAAUCUGACUAAUGCAUUUUUCUGUGUACACAACAUUCUUCCGCUCUGUGUUGGCUAGUCUUUGAUUUAUAGAGUGUUUCCAUUGGAGCUGACAGGAAUUAAGGAACAGGAAGGACAGCAGUCAUAAGCAGGAAGAGAUGAGGAAUUAGAGACUUUGUUCUACUUAGUAUUCCCACAUCCAAAUACUAGACCCUAUGCCUUGCAAUUUGUUGCUUUGAGCUAAAAGUUUAAAGCAAAUAGAAUAAAUCCACACACUAGGGCUGUCUCCGAAAAUAACAAAUAUCUUGGUUGACCGAAGGUCAUCAGUUCUGCAUGUAGUUGAUUUUAUUUAAACAAAUAGGGUGUGUCUACAUAUCGAGAAAACAAACACGUAAAAAAAUGUCAACCAAUCGAUUGGUCUAAAUUUGUAAACGUGUAUUUUUCCUUAUAUAGUCACACCCUAUUUGUUUUAAUAAAAUCAACUAUAUGCAUUGAGCUUGUCUGAUGCUUUAAGCACACUGUUUGAUGAAAUAAGACACAAAUGACUCAAGAGGGAGCCAGAGAACAAGAUAACCAGAAGAAAAAAACCUCAACUUGACCCGACCAUCCUUCUCCCGCUCCUGCUGGCUUUCGCAGAUUCUGCCCCUCCUGAAGUUGCCGGUAAUAGGCUACACGAGGAGUCCACAACCUUUCUCAUGAGCAAUGCCAAUUUAUCUUACAAUUUCUACAGAUUUGUGUGCCAGUUAUGGUUUUCAUAUGCAUGUUUUCGUGGAACAGUUUCAUUUCAUUUAUAAUAACAUCUUUGUGUCUCAAAUUCAUGUGGUUAAUCAAAAUUCUAUCCAAAUCUAAAUUAAAAUUAUACAAACCUAAAAAGCAACUUGCCAACUAUGUAAAAAUAGCCUACAUAAAGCCAACAAAUAAAAACAUUGCAGCCUGCAGGUAGAAAAUAUCCUGAUUAAAAAUAAAUAUCCUAUAAAUCACAUUGGUUACGCAUAGCCUGUCUGCAACGAACUUGAAACAUUGUAUCAACUAUUAACUUGGGCCUGGCCCAGCUCACACUAGCAAACUUACAACAUUGUAUAAAAUAUUCUGGGCCCACAGUUUCCUGCACCAGUGAGCUCAGGACAGACACAGCUGUAGGCUAUUUGCGUGAGGGAUAAGAAGUAAUCCGGUAGGUCUAUUUUAUGACGUUUCCACUGGAUAAGAGCGUGACAUUUUUACCUUUCACGCUGAGUGGUUAUUUAUUUAUUUAUUUUUAUUUAACCUUUAUUUAACCAGGUAAGCCAGUUGAGAACAAGUUCUCAUUUACAACGGCAACCUGGCCAAGAUAAAGCAAAGCAGUGCGAUUUAAAAACAACAACACAGAGUUGCAUAUGGGAUAAACAAAAACGUACAGUCAAUAACACAAUAGAAAAUCUAUAUACAGUGUGUGCAAAUGUAGUAAGUUAUGGAGGUAAGGCAAUAAAUAGGCCAUAGUGCAAAAUCAUUACAAUUUAGUAUUAACACUGGAGUGAUAGAUGUGCAAAAUAUGAUGUGCCAAUAGAGAUACUGGGGUGCAAAUUAGCAAAAUAAAUAACAAUAUGGGGAUGAGGUAGUUGGGUGGGAUAAUUACAGAUGGGCUGUGUACAGGUGCAGUGAUCGGUAAGCUGCUCUGACAAUUGAUGCUUAAAGUUAGUGAGGGAGAUAAGAGUCUCCAGCUUCAGAGAUUUUUGCAGUUCGUUCCAGUCAUUGGCAGCAGAGAACUGGAAGGAAUGGUUAUCGAAAGGGAGAGAGCUGUAAAGAUCAAAUACAUUAAGGAACUAUAGUCAUUCUCAAUUAAUGUAAAAACAGACUUCGUUUGCUUACUGUUUUAGGUGAAGAAAACAUUACUUUGAGAAGCUCCAAAGCUCAUUAGUGGUGGUGGUGUUAAGCCAAUCAGAAAUACUAUCAGAUCCCCAAAUGGGUACAUUUAUAUGCCUACAUUUGCACGUAGGCCAGGUAUCAUAUAGGCCUACUUCAAUGCAUAAUCAGGUGCGCGUCCUUACUCAACAUUGACAGGAGCGCUCCAAACAAAAGACAAUGACUAAAUUGACAAAACUCAUAAAUGGAAUGAAAUAAACCAAAACUUGUUUCUCACAAGUGUAGAAUAGGUUGUGCUCUCUGGAGCCUGCGACCACAUUUUCCGAUCAAGUAUAAAUUGCCUUUAAGAAAGGUGUGUUGUGUGCCAUAAAAAAAAAUAUAUAUAUAUAUAUAUUUGCUACUGCUUGACAAAAAAUAAUCUGAGUCGACCAACAGCCUAUCGACCAAACAAUCAACCAGUCGACUAAUUGGGGUCAGCCCUACAACACACACUGUUGAUUUUUUAAAUGAGGACUAAGUGUCAACUCGCCAUACUGUAGGUCUACAGACUACUGUGGGGCAGACAACAGUACUGUUGUGAGAAACGGAAAACAGAAGCCAAUGCUGUAUGGAAUUUACUCAUUUGUCUAGCUGGUGUGGUGACAUUGGUGAAUAGUGUCAGAUUCAGCUAAAAUGGCCUGCUCUUCCAUGGAAGGGUGGGAGCGGAAACAGUGAGACAGGUGCUCAAACCAAAACAGCUGGUCAAGCCACACACACACACACACACACAGAUCAAUGAAUGAAUAAUCAAUGGGGCUUAGAAGGAAGUGAAACAGGGUAAAGGUCAUAAAAACUUGACUGUUUGGAAUAAAAGUGUUUUUCUUUUCAGAGGGUCACGUCCUUUAAGGAGCUUUGAGUCAGCUGAGAGAUCAUGUGAUGGAAUAUUCCGCUGUGUGCAACAACACUGUGUUCUCCUUUAGGAAUGUUUGACAAAGACACACAAAGUUUCCACCCUAUUCAGAUAUUCAUCUAGUUUUAAGACCCAACCCAUCCCAUGCACUUAAUCAGGUAAACUGUCCUGUCCAAAUCAAAAUGGCCUCCCUCCUGCAGUAAGGGUCACACAUUAUUACAACAGGUCAUUUAAAACAGGUCACCACCAGUGACUGGCCACAUGUGACAAAUCAGAUGUUACCUAAUGGAAACUGUGACCUGUCUGUGACAAUCCGUGGUCCUCUGUAGCUCAGCUGGUAGAGCACGGCGCUUGUAACGCCAAGGUAGUGGGUUCGAUCCCCGGGACCACCCAUACACAAAAAUGUAUGCACGCAUGACUGUAAGUCGCUUUGGAUAAAAGCGUCUGCUAAAUGGCAUAUUAUUAUUAUUAUUAUUAUUAUUAAUCCUGUGUAGCUCAGUUGGUAGAGCAUGGCGCUUGCAAUGCCAGGGUGAAAAAAAAAUGUAUGCACUCACUACUGUAAGUCACGCUGGAUAAGAGCAUCUGCUAAAUGACUCAAAUGUAAAAUGUAAUGUAUUUGCAUGGCAGAGAUAUUUGAUUCAAAAGCCUCAGGCCCAGAGCGAGAACAGAGCAGGAAGUCUGUGUGUUUGUUUGCACGCUAGUACCAGACGGCAGCUGGUAGGCUUAAAGCUACAUUAUGUAACUUUUUGGGCAAUCCGACCAAAUUCGCAUAUAAAUGUGAGUUAUACAUCUGUCAUUCUCAUUGAAAGCAAGUCUAAGAAGAGGUAGAUCUGUUCUAUGUGUGCUAUUUCUAUUCUUCCCGUUCUUAAGUUUAGUUUUUGCAUCUUUUACUUUCGGUGUUUGUCCCCAGCUUCAAACAGCUGAAAAUACAAUAUUUUUGGUUAUAGAAAAUAUAUUUCACAAUGGUUUCGAUGGUACAAUGAUUCUCCACACUUGUUUUGUUACAUAAAUGGAAAUUAGGCGAACUAUUAGAAUUUUUGCAACCAGGAAAUGGCGGAGAGAUUUCUGCAUAUUGCACCUAUAAGUACUCUGUCUGCUUACAAACUCUGUGCACCUGUGUCUCUCUUUUAAGAUCUGCUGGGGGGACAGAAUCUCUUUGUUAUGUCUUUGAUGUAAAGGUGAGUGUAGUGCAUGCAUCAGGGCUGUCUGGUUUCUGGUGCUCAUUAUAACUAUCAGUGACACUUUGGUCUUUCCUGCUGUUUCUGCCACUCAGAUCAGACAAUGGUGGAGUGUUCUAGAAUAUAGAACCAGUUCUGAGGUUUCCACCUGUCGCUGUCUGAGGUCACACUGCUGUUCUGGUUUCUAGCCGACUGGCUUGUCACUCACAGGAAACAGCUAGUCUGAUUUGUUACUCACUACAUUUCAUGUAGCAGCAGCUGGAGACAACGUCUCAGACGAGAGUUGAUGCUCUCUGCAUGCAGCUUACAGGUAGUGUUGUCAAAAAGUGUCAGUCGCGGGUCAAGACACAAUACCGCUGUACUGUUAACUUGCAUGUAGGCCUGUGGGUGUAGUCUUGAGAAAAUGGAUGUGCAGGCUAGUUUAAGUGUGUGGGUGUUGUAUGGAAAAAUGUGCCUCCCUCCUCUUCCUCCCUGCAGAGCAGCUGAGGUUUAAUGUGAGUGUUUGUUGUUGUUGUUGUUAACCAUCUCAACCUCUGUCCCACCGUGUGUGUGUGUGACGGCGAACGUGUGUUAAUCAUCUUCAGACCUUUGUCCUACCCUGUUACUUAGUGUGGGUGUGCGUGAGACUGAAAGAGAUACAGAGCCACUUUGCAUAACACUCAUCGUGUGUGUGUGCUCUCAGCCCUGCAUUUUUUCCGUCCCCUCUGUUUUGGUUUCAUAUUCCUAUUUUCCAUUCCCUCACUGGAACAUUUGCUUUCUAGCACACACACAGACACACACAGACAGACAAACAGACAGACAGACAGACACAGAGAGUAUUAGCACUUCACUACCAACACAGUAACAAGUGUAUACUACAUUUAGCACAUACAUUAUACUCACACAUGGUUAGCCUUUACUUUAGUCUCUUGACUCUCUCUCUCUCUCACACUCUCUCUGACAUUUUCCCUUGAGCAGUCUCACAGCACCUCAGUGCUAUUAAUACCACUCUCAUAAAAGCUUCUGUGAUAUCAAGCCUCCAGCUGCAUACUUUCCAUAAGAACCACUUCUCCUUCAUCUCUCUCUCUUCUUCCCUUACACUCCACACAGACCUCUCUAUUUUUCAGCCUGUCUCCCUUUCUCUCAUGUACUCUGUGUUUCUGCCACCUCUCUCUCUCUCUCUCUCUCUUUCAGUCCAUCUCUCUCUCUCGUCUGUGUCUCUCUGUAGUGAAGCUCUCAGGCGUAUUAAUACCCAGAAUGACGUGUGUUUUCCACGACCGACGCUCAGCAGGCCAGAGUCAAGGGCCCGAUAAGCUGAUUCCGUGUGUGUGGUUUUAUUGUGUCAGAGUCAUGGACCCAGUUUCGGAUUUGCACAUAUUUUCCAUUCACAACUCAGAGAGUUGCAAUGUUAACACACGUUUCCCAUCCUAAUAAAGCCCUUAAAUUGUAAAUUGUUGAGAGAGAGAGAGAGAGAGAGAUCAGUCUGCUAAGGAUUGAUGUCAUUAUCAAUCUCUGUCUCACUGCCUCUCUAAUUAGUCAGCAAAGGAGAGAGGGAGGGACCAUGUCUGAGUGAAGGAGGGAGGGAAGAAAGGAGGGACACACCCCCUUUGUCAGCGGGUUGGCUGGGAGUGAAUGAACCAUGGAACGAAGGAAGGAGAGAAAGGGGGGGGGAGGGGCUGUGGAGUGCGUCAGUAGUUGUGACUCUCAUAUAAGCGGCUGCAGAGAGGCAGCGAGAGACCAGACAGACAGAAAGAAAGAGGGCUUGUACAAAUGCAGCCCAUAGUCUCGUUGGAACGCUCUGUAGCCUAGACGGAGGACUGUUUUCAGCUGUCGUGUAGCUGCCUGUCUCUGUCCUACGGACCUCACUGCCAAGGGUAGAACCUGAGAGCUAUCGCUAACGUUGCUACCUCUGGAUCUGGGCUAGCAGCUCAGUAGCUAACUGGUUCCGGCUUGGACGUCACUGGACGUUUUUUUUGGGGGGUUCUUCAUUUGGCCAGGACUGCAGGCUUUUGCAGCUCUCUUAGUGGGGUGUGGACUGUACAAACAGAGAGAGAUAGAGAAGAGAAAAGGGGAAUUUGAAGAGAGGAAUAAAAGAGGAGGAAGAUUCUGGAGAGGAGGAAGUAAGGGAAACGGGAAAAGGAAGGAUUUUUUUUUUUUUGUGGGAACGAGAUCUCCCUCAACCCUCACGCUGGGGAAGGCGGUGCAACCCCCCCACACCUGUCAUCUUCAUCCCCGCCCCUCCUCGCAAACUCUGACCUCCCGCAUUAUCAGGUGGAAAGGCCUCUGCCUCCCUGCCCUUCCCAUCAUGCACCUCAAGACCACCAAGUGUAACGCCUUCUGCCUGGUUGCCUCGGUGACCAACCAGGAAGUGUUUGACAGGCCUGAGUCCCGGGUAAGAAGGCUUUAUAUGUCGCCUCUGAUCUGUCUCCUAAAACUGAUCUAAGGUCAGAUUCUGUGGCCUUUGAGGCCUAUUUCCCAAUGGUUGUAAUGGUUAGGUAAUCUGUUCCUAGAUCUGUGCUUGUCUGCAGCUUGUGAUCCAUUCUCACUGAACUAAUAGUUCCAGCUUUAGACCAAUGAGAUGUAGCGGUCCUCAUGGUCUGAGCUGAGCUCCUAUCAGACCACUGUCACACUGGGUCUUUCUUUAGCGAUGGACCCGACACUUACCAAGGCCAGGCACGCACGCACACACGUUGAGCAGGGUUGCCAUGACAACCGGGCGGUGUUCCUUUUUUUAAAGGGGCAGUUUAGUCAAGCAUUUUGCAGCAGCAGUUAUUUUUUGAAGGGCGGGGAGUAACGUUAGGCCUGAAAGACCUAAAAAUAUUAAACAAGGUUGGGACAGGAAAAGGCACUUACAAGUCUUCAUACACUUGACAUGCACUCGACAAAUUUGCCUUUCAAAUCACAAUGCAUUUGGCCUUUUUAGGGUUUGGUUGUAUUGUGUCAUUGUGCCUGGACUGGUCUUGGGCUUUUUGUUGGGAUCCUCGCCCAUUGCUGGUUCUCUCCCAGGCCACAGUCCCAUAACUGUAGUUAAUGUUUGUUAUACUAUUAUUAUCUGUGUGAUCAUGGUGACUGAGCAGUUUUGAGAAGCAUAGCCCAUUUCUGGGUAAACAUACAAUUAUGUAUUUAAUGUAUUACAUCAUAACACUGUGUGGCAACAUCACUAUCCAACUCACUCAUACUGUACCUCCUCUAUCUCUCACCCUCUCUCUCUCUCUCUCUCUCUCUCUCUAUCUCACCCUCUCUCUCGCUCGCCCUUUCUCUCUCUCGUGUCCUCUCUCGCCCUCUCUCUCUCUCUCUCUCGCCCUCUCUCUCGCUCUCUCACCCUCUCUCACGUCCUCUCUCUCACCCUCUCUCGCCCUUCUCUCUCGCCCUCUCUCUCUCUACUCCUAUAGGCCAGUUUUGAGUCUCUGUUCCGCUCCUUCGAUCCGGACGUAAACUUCCAGUUCUUUAAGAGUUUCCGGCGUGUGAGAAUCAACUUCAGCGAUGCACUGGCCGCCGCUGAGGCGCGGCUCCGACUGCACAAGAGCGACUUCAACGGCAAAGAGAUGCGCCUCUACUUCGCACAGGUAGAGACGCCUACUGUACAUCACCCAAUAACCCUUUACUUUCAUUAACUUAGAUCUGUUGGUAGUGGAAAUAUACAUUACAAAUUAAACGUGUUAGUCACUAUUUGGUUUAGCAAGCAGCAGUGUUGGCACUGAUUGUUUCCAUUGAUCUACAUUGAGCCUCUCGUGUCUCGCUUUUCCCCUUCCCCCCUGUCUGCCCUGCAGUCCGUCCUCAUAGGCAGUCCCCGCCUGGAGCCCCCCAAACCGGACAAACAGUUCCUGAUCUCCCCACCAGCCUCGCCACCGGUGGGGUGGCAGCAGGCCCCGGAUGCUGUGCCCGUCAUAAACUACGACCUUCUCUGCGCCAUCUCCAAACUAGGGCCAGGUGUGUCACACAUACACUCGCUACAAUGAGGAUGGGAACCUAGAAAAUAAUUGAUUCUAAUUCAAUGUGAUGGAAUUACAGUAGCUAUCCUUUGUAUUGCCAUCAGUUAGAUUGUGGCCAGUACUACAGUGUUAAUGGUCCUCUCUCCCUGUCUAAAUUAGGUGAGAAGUACGAGCUCCACAGCGGCACCCCCACCACCCCCAGCGUAGUGGUCCACGUGUGUGAGAACGAGCAGGACAGCUCGGGGGGCGAAGACGACGCAGAGGGAAGCACCAGCAGCAGCAACCGCCCCCCUCGCCCCAAAAUCAUCCAGACACGACGUCCGGACAUCACCCCCGGCAUCAUGCAGUGAGCGGCAGAGAGGGGGCGCUCUAACAUCAUAACAUCCACAAAGCAUGUCUCCUACAUCUGCCUCUGAGAAGUCGACGACAGCUUGGCCCUGAGAGGGUGCUGCUUGGGACAUGUGAUACAUCCUCUCUAACACUAGGGGGAGACACCUCUCAAAGCCCUGCCUUUUCAUGGAGAGAAAGAAAGAGGAAAAGAGAGCGAGGAGACAUUCAUCUCUUAUCAUUUCACACAAGUUUUCAUUUCUCUUUCGUCCUCCAUUUUGAACGAAAUUAGACUCUUGAGAAAAAGAUAAGUAGAUAGAGAGUAAAGAGAAAGGGAUGUUUUGAAUAUCUUUUUUUGCAGUUUUCUUUUUAAUGUCCUCAUUUGCUUUGGAACCAUUGUAUAUGUUCAUGGUCAGGCAUGGUAGUGUGAGAGAGUGAUGUGGUAGUCCUCUCUAGAGAGACAUGGGGGGGGGGAUCAACUUUCUUUGGAUUCAUUGUGACUUGUAAUUCAGGACCCCGUAACAAACCCUGUCUAUAAACUCAUUUCAUACUGUGUACUGGAUCCAUCAUUGUCUUGUCUAUAAGAUGUCUGCGCAUGCUGCAGUGGCGGCAGCUGAAAGGAGGACGGCUCAUAAUAAUGGC